AUGGCAGUCGAAAAUCAUAACGCGAACCCAAUCAUUGUUGAACCGACAGCCUCGCCCGAUUCCGGUACACCGCCCCGUCUUCUCAACCCAUCGCUCAACACAAGCUCCUCGUCCAACUCUUUCGAAUCGUCUCGCCCACAGUCCCGAGGAAGCAGUGCUACCUCGGCAUCCGAAUCCUCGUCACCAGUUCCGUCGCACGAACCUUCCAACCUCAGACCACAGACCCCCUCGGAUGUUGAGCCUCUGCCUCCGAGUGCCACAUUAACACCAAAUCAGUCACCUCGGAGCAGGAAUCUUUCAGCGACACCACUUCCUAAAAGAGCAGAAGAAUUCGACUCUGCUGUGCAAACUGGCAAUGAAGCAUGGUCCGCUGAGCUCGCCGUAUCACUUGGACAAACGAACAUUGCGUUCUUCGCUCGCUCUAGCUUCGAGAUGGAUGAAGUGGACACCCAAGCGGCGUUGUGGCUUUCCUUACAUCGUGUGCCAGUCCCUAGGAGCCAACACCGUCUAUCGAAGUAUAUCCACGCCGGCAAUCGUCAUCAUUACGACACUCGCAUUGGGAGCGUUGAUGUUAAUAUUGGCUUGGCGAAAUGCAAGAUUACUAGCGGACGUAAAACCGUUACCGGCCAAGGGAUCCUUGAGACACACAAACCAGAAGAUCAUCACGACCUCGGCCAACCCCGCAAGCGAAGCCGAGCUUCUCUAGACCAGGAUAGUUUGGUGAAAGACACCGUCCCAUUCCAAUCGACCAACAGCUCCUCCGCCACGUUGACCAGCGGGCGUAGAGAAUCACCAGUUUCUCUUAAAAAUCGCUCAUCGGGCGAGAAUCACAAGGGCCUGAUCGAGCUUCAAAUCAACGGGAAUACUAAAGCCUUCUUCAAGAUGGAGACCGGCGAGCUCCUCCACCUUACUCACUGGAAACGCCAACAUAGUAACGACUCGGACUCGUCCUCUGACAGCGACAAUCCGAACAGCAUUGAGAGAAAGGACGUGGGGGAGACAGUUUCUGGCGCGUCUGUACUAGCAAAGGGAAGAGCAGCCAAGGAUAAGUGGACUGAAGAAUUGCAGCUGGAUUAUGAAAAGUGGCAUGAUAAGCAUUCGCACGCAAAGCCGCAGGCGGGAGAUUGUUGUGCUGGGUUGGUGACAAACAAGCUCCCGACGGGGAAGCCGCAGAUCAUCUGA